AUGUCGCACCGUAUCCGCCAGUCCAAUGAGAGGCCAACUGCAAGCCGCCAGUCACUCGCAGCGACCCCGAGUCGAAAUGCCACGGACCAACUGCCGCCGUACAAGAAGCCAUCGCAUCCACUGGACCUGGAAGCAACGCGGCAGCUUCGAGACCUCCAAGGGCGCAACCUCAACGAUGUCAAGCGCCACAAUAAACAAGCUACCGAAGUUGUCACCGCGGUCGCAGCGAGCGUCAACGAUGCAUUGCGCGAACACUCCGAAUACAUGGCGCGAAAGCAGAAGAAGUGGGAUGCAGGCAAGAGCCUGGACGACCGUGAAACUGAAGAGGAAAGUAUGAGGGCACUUCAAGAAAAGGUGGAAGAGGCUACGGCCAAGCUUGAAGAAAGCAUGCGCGCUGUCAUCGACUCUGGUGUGGCUGCACAGCGCAUCGAUGACACGCUCGACUGGCUGCGACAGCAUGCGCCCAAGCAGCUCGAAGACGAGUACAACACACAGAGGACCCAGCGAGCAACGCAGCGGCAGAGCCAGAUCAACAGCCAACGCAGGCAGGACGGCGAUGAAGAUCUGAGCGACGCAGAGCUCAGUGACGGUCCCACUCCUGGCCCAACCCCUCUUGAUGGAUCGCGCAUCACCCUCACUGGUGUCAACGAGCUCUUCCUAGACCACCAGCAACGCCAGAAAGACGUAUACACCAGCAAAUCGCUCACGACACGUUACGCGCGCAACAACGACUACCGCGAGUUCAAGCGCAUGGUUCACGACGCCAAGUAUGGCGAUGGGGGUCCAGUGCUCGGUCACGAAGAUACAUGGUUCACUGAGACUGGGUCACCGGCACCUGGCAUCACAGACACACAGCGCGGCGACUUUGAUGAUGACGAUGACAUAGUCAUGGACAAGGCGACAAUUAGCAUAAGAUGUCCCUUGACCUUCCAGCAAUUCAAGGAACCGUACACAAGCACAAAGUGCCCGCAUACAUUUGAGAAGCACGCGAUUGUGGAGAUGAUCCGGACGAGCACAAAUUCCACAGGUACCAGAGGACCGAGAGGAGGAGCAACGAAGGCGGUCAACUGUCCCGUGGCUGGUUGUGACCAGAAUCUCACACUUGACGAUCUCCGCUCCGAUCCCCUACUCAUUCGUAAGAUCAGGCGCAUGCAAAAGGUCGAGGCUGCAGCGGCGGGCGACAGCUCAGAUGAUGAGGCUGUUCAGGCGCCGAAGCGUGAGAGGCAACAAGUGGAUGGCAGCAAUGACGCAUCGAAUUCAUCGUCAAAGAUACUAGUUGCAUCAUCACAACGGCCACCGCAGUCGAGCAUGGUGGAGGACUUGGGUGAUCCGAGCGACGACGACUCAGUUGCACAGCGACCGCCGCAAGGCUCCAUGGUUGAGGACCUGGGUGAUCCGAGCGAGAGCGAAGAUGAGUUGUAG